AUUUUAUCAGAACUGGGUCUGGGGUCGGAGUCGAUUCUGCUUCCAAGCAAUUACCUCUUCCAGUACCGUACAGCUACUGCUGUUGCUAACGCCGCCCCUUUCACAGAUUCUCCACCUUCUUUAACGUCUUGUAUCGACUUUCCACGCUCUCUUUUCUCACACUGUUCUCUAUUUCUGUUUCUAUUCUAUUAUUAUUAUUAGUAUUAUUAUUAUUAUAUAACUAACCAUUUUAAUAACAGACUUCAAAUUCUUCUUCUUCACUUUUCUUUUCUCCUUCCCCUCUUUUCUUCUACCCCUAAAAUGGCUUCCCUCCAGCACUCCUCUGCUAUAAAGGGCGCGAAAGUCCUUAUGGUUGGUGCCGGUGGGAUUGGCUGCGAGCUACUCAAGACGCUCGCUCUUUCUGGCUUUCAAGAUAUUCAUAUAAUUGAUAUGGACACUAUAGAAGUGAGCAACCUUAACAGGCAAUUUUUGUUCCGGCAAUCACAUGUUGGGCAGUCAAAGGCUAAGGUUGCUCGGGAUGCUGUGUUAAAAUUUAGGCCUCACAUUAGCAUCACGCCAUACCAUGCAAAUGUGAAAGAUACUUUCUUCAAUGUGGACUUUCUGAAGCAAUUUAGUGUGGUUCUGAAUGGUCUUGACAACUUGGACGCAAGGCGACAUGUGAACCGACUUUGCUUGGCAGCUGAAGUUCCUUUGGUUGAAAGUGGGACUACUGGGUUCCUGGGACAGGUCACAGUGCAUGUGAAGGGGAAAACAGAGUGCUAUGAGUGUCAGCCUAAACCGGCCCCAAAGACAUAUCCUGUCUGUACAAUUACUAGUACUCCAUCCAAGUUUGUUCACUGUAUUGUUUGGGCAAAGGACCUGCUUUUCACAAAGUUAUUUGGAGACAAGAAUCAGGAAAAUGAUUUAAAUGUACGGUCUAGUGAUGCUUCUAACUCAUCAGAACAUGCAGAAGAUGUAUUUGAAAGAAGAAACAAUGAAGAUAUUGAGCAAUAUGGAAGGAGGAUAUAUGAUCACGUGUUCGGUUAUAACAUUGAAUUAGCUUUGUCUAAUAAAGAGACAUGGACCAACCGCAGGAAGCCCAAGCCGAUAUAUAUUAGGGAUGUUCUUCCUGACAAACUAAGUCAACAAAAUGGUAAUGCUGAUAAGAGUUGUGCAACUGAUGAUCUUUCAUCAGGAUCCGCCAUGACAUCUUUGGGCUUGAAGAAUCCACAGGAUGUAUGGAGCCUUGCAGAAAAUUCAAGAGUUUUUCUGGAGGCUUUGAAACUAUUUUUUUCAAGCAGAGAAAAGGAGGUUGGUAAUCUUAGUUUUGACAAAGAUGAUCAGUUAGCGGUGGAAUUUGUUACUGCUGCUGCAAAUAUUCGAGCUGCUUCAUUUGGAAUUCCUUUGCAUAGCCUUUUUGAAGCUAAAGGUAUUGCGGGUAAUAUUGUGCAUGCUGUUGCAACAACUAAUGCUAUUGUAGCCGGUUUAAUUGUAAUUGAAGCUAUCAAAGUGUUGGAAAAGGAUGCUGACAGUUACAGGAUGACAUACUGUUUAGAACAUCCAUCAAAAAAGAUGCUUCUUAUGCCAGUGGAACCCUUUGAGCCUAACAAGUCAUGCUGUGUUUGUUCUGAGUCACCACUGUUGCUGGAGAUUAAUACUCUCCAAGCGAAGUUGCGGGAUUUUGUUGACAAGAUAGUUAAAGCAAAGCUUGGCAUGAACUCCCCGUUAAUCAUGCAUGGGUCGACCCUUCUUUAUGAAGUUGGUGAUGAUCUUGAAGAAGAUAUGGAAGCAAAUUAUACUGCUAAUCUUGAAAAGGUGCUAUUUGAGCUUCCUUCUUCAAUUACUGGUGGGACAAUGCUCACGGUUGAAGAUCUCCAACAGGAGUUCACAUGCAAUAUCCAUAUCAAGCAUAGGGAAGAAUUUGACGAGGAGAAGGAACCUGAUGGAAUGGUUCUAUUUGGAUGGACACAAGCUCCUCUUGAGAAAAAGGAGGAUAGCAAGCCAGCCGGCAAUGACGUCGAAAUUUCAGAAGGGACUGAGAUUUCUGGGAAGAAGAGAAAACAACCAGAUAUGGAUGUCUCAACUGUUUCUGAUGAAUCCAAUAAUCACAAUAAAGUCCAAAAGCUCAAUGUUGUCGACGACGAAGACGAUGACCUUAUCGUGCUUGAUCAUCGGGAUAUAGGCUGCAGCAAGAACAGCCUGCAAUAAUUUUUUGCUUCAACUUUGUUAGGUCUUCUUACAUCCUAAUUUUGUACAAUUAGGGAGAAAUGGUGAUUCUUUGGUGCUUUAAUCGUUAGGUUGCAAAUUGUUAUUGUUUUUGGUCAGGCUGAUACAGUUAAUUGUAUCUCCAUUUCCCUUCUGUGACUUACUGGUGUAGCAAUGAUGUGAAUUCUUCCUAGCUAUAGCUAAAGAUAACAGUGGAAUUGUAACAUUUCAAGAACUAGAAUCUCUUGGAGUUAUUUGGAAAUUCAAAUCAGUGGUCAAAUUGGGUGUUGAUAUUA